UUCUACAAACAGUUGAAAGAGCAGCCCCAGUUUCAUCUGAACAGCGCCGAUCAACUCCUGAAGGAAUACCAGCACAUGAUAUAUGACAGAAUAUACCCACAACUGUCGAGGGCAUUCAAGAAUAUACCAAACCUCAAUGUCACUGUGGAGGCCAUGCCUAAUGACGGACCAGGGGGAUGUACAUAUCGGGGACAGCUGACGGAUCGCGACAGGGGGUGUUCCAGGUCAACCUCAUGAGGCCAAACGAAACGAACACGUUCAGCAUGAUGGCAUUGACUCUUCACGAGACGGUACCUGGUCAUCAUUUACAGUCGGUGUACGCUCUCACUGCCAGUCUGCCCGACUUCCAGAGGAAUAUUGAAUAUGAGAAAUACUUUGCGGUUCCAUACCACUUUCCGUUUUACACGGCCUAUACUGAGGGAUGGGGUCUUUAUGCUGAAUCCUUAGGAGAAUACUUGGGUAUCUAUAAAGACGAUGAUGAGCUGCUUGGUCGAUAUGGGGAAGAGAUAUUCCGUGCGUGCAGACUAGUAGUUGACACGGGACUACAUUACUUUGGAUGGACACGUCUGCAGGCCAUUACGUACAUGGCUGACCGCACCCCGAUGAGCAGGAGUGAGAUCGAGAUUGAAAUUGACCGUUACAUCACGUGGCCGGGACAAGCAUGUGCAUACAAGAUUGGAGAACUUAAAAUAAAAGAACUUCGAAAGACUGCGAUGGACAAACUUGGUUCCAAAUUCGAUAUAGGAGACUUCCAUAGCCAGAUUCUGGAGAAUGGUCCAGUCCCUCUAAACCUCUUAGAGAAGAUCGUCAAUAACUGGAUAAACGAAGUUUCCGGAAACGGCGCGACAUCUGGCGGUGGUCUAGCCACGGGACACAACCCAACUGUUACCAACCUGCCACUACUUCCUAAUAUCGUGGGAUAAGUCUGCAAUAAAGAUAUUUACCUUUAAAAUUC